GCCUUUCCCUCCCCUCCCCCGUAAUUAUUCAUUGACGUCGUCUUUAUAUUAAGGCAGGUGUGGAGUUUAUGCAUGAUUUGCAUGAUUUGAAGGCGCUGUGUUUUUCUCAUCAAUAGGGAACCAAAACUACCAAGACUUCGACUUCGAGUAAAUAGUAGCUAAAUUAUCAAUCGCUGAAAAUGGGUGUUGAAGGCGCAGCUCGGUGUAUCAAGUUCCUUGUCUUCAUCUUCAACUUUCUCUUCUUCGUGUGUGGUAUUGGUUUGAUGGGCGUUGGAAUCUUUGUCCAGCUCAAGAUAGGAGACUUUGCAGAGCUCUCCACUGUCAAGUAUGUCACUGGUUCCAUUCUGAUCAUUAUUGUUGGAGCUUUUAUUGCCUUGGUCGCUUUCUUUGGUUGCUGUGGAGCUGUUAAGGAAAACACCUGUUUCCUGGGAAUUUUCUUUGGCAUUCUUCUACUCAUUCUCUGUGCAGAAAUUGCUGGAACAGUCCUCGGGUAUAUUUACCGUGGUAAGGUUGAAAAAAAUCUGCGAACUGAUCUCAAUAAUUCUAUUGCGCUGUAUGGUGAGAAAGGACAGGACGGCAUCACAAAGGCCUUCGAUUCCCUCCAGCAAAAGGAAAAGUGUUGUGGUGUCAACAACUAUACAGACUGGCAAAGGAGUCCAUUUUCCAAUGGCAGCCAUGAUAAGGUGCCUGACAGUUGUUGUCAUGAUAAAAAACCUGGUUGUGGAGAAAAAUGGAAAACAAAUCCCCCAGAAUCAGAGAUUUAUAAAGAGGGAUGCUAUGGCAAGGUCGAGACCCUGGUAAAGGACAAUUUGAUGUUGAUUUUUGGAUUGGGGAUUGGAGUGGCUGUUAUACAGAUCAUUGCCAUGAUUUUUGCUAUAAUAUUGAUUUGCAAGAUUCGAGAGCAAGGAAGCUUUGCUUGAUUCAACCUUUCACACCUUUAGUAUCUCGUAUUACAUACUGUUCUUCACACUCAGCUCAAAUGAUUGUCCUGUCCUAUCUAUAUGGAUACUACAGUACAUGUACCAGUGUGUCGUUAAGCCUGAGUAAACGAGAAAACAUGUUUUGUUAUUUGUUCCCAAAGGUGGCUAAACUGUAAGGAAACAUUCGCAAACAAGCGAACAUUGUUCCCAUUAAGCAUGGAGUAAAAUCAAUCUGUUGUUUCCAUUCAGAUACUACAUGUAUAUCCUCUGUUCUUAGUUUUGUAUGCAGCAUUCAUAUAGAUAGGACUGUACCAAUGCUUGGGCUGCCUGUGCUUUUUACUUCACCAUUUGCCAGACUGCUUUUGAAAGGCUUUUAUUGAGUUCAAUAAACUGGAUGCAUCAUGGUCUAGCUUUGGUACGAACAACACCAUAUAAGGCAUCAAUGAUGAAAAAAGAUGUUUGUACCCAAGCUAGCCCACAAUGCACCAUUUUUGCUAUUCCAGAAAAGGUCAAUCCAAGAUGUAUUCACACGUUAUAAUAUAUGAUUGUAUAUCAAUUUCACUUCAUGUGUAUUAUGUCGUUUAUAGAAUUUGAGUUUCCAUCUUAUGUGUUAAUGUCAUAUAAUAARCACCAGCUAAAAACUACUCAGAAUGAUGUUAAAUACCAUUAACAACACAGUAGCAAUAUAUGUUCAAAUUUAUUUGGAAACAUUUCCAUAUUUUUUCCAUGUCAUUUAUAGAAUUUGAGUUGCCAUCUUAUAAGUUAAUGUCAUAACAUAAUCACCAGCUAAAAACUACUCAGAAUGAUGUUAAAUACCAUUAACAACACAGUAGCAAUAUAUGUUCAAAUUUAUUUGGAAACAUUUCCAUAUUUUUUCGUCCCAUUCACUGUCAAUGCUAUCAUACACAGCACAAAUACAUUGGUUGGGCUGCCUAUGGCAGGACUUGAUUUUUUUCAGCAUUAUAUAAGCUGAUGUUGUAAUUCUAGACUGAGUAUUCCUACUCCACUCUGUAUGUGGUUUGCUUUCAUUUUUUGGAAUGAGAUUCAUUUAGCUGAUUGAUAUUAAACCAGCAGUAGAAA